GAGGUCAGGGUCCGGGCGCCAGACCGCGCCCCGCGGACAGACCGCGAAGGCUGCGCUCAGCCUCCCGCCUCCCGUCCCGAGGUCACGGUGACCCGGUGACCGAGAUCGGCAGAAUCUGCCGUACUUGCAGCUAGCAAACAGCGGGCAGGGUGGACGAGCCCGGUCCGGGUUCCGGCGAGCAGCUCCCCGCGGCGCCCGGGUGAGGAGGGACCCUGGGAAGGUUAAGCUGAAACGGCUGCUCAGCUUCCAAGAUGUUGCCCCCCAAAAUGCAUGUGCUUUUCUGCUUCUGCAGCUGCCUGGCGCUGGCUCAGCCUUUUGACUGGCAAGACCCUAAACCCGUUGCCCAUAUGAAAUCAUCAGCAUGGGUCAGUAAGAUCCAAGCGCUGAUGGCUGCUGCAGGCUUUGGCCAAACGAAAAUCCCCAGAGGAAAUGGAUCGUACUCCGUCGGUUGUACCGACCUGAUGUUUGAUUACACUCAGAAGGGCACCUUCCUGCGUUUGUAUUAUCCGUCCCAAGAUGGUGACCCUUCUGACACCCUCUGGAUCCCAGACAAAGAGUAUUUUUGGGGUCUUAGUAAAUUUCUCGGAACACACUGGCUUCUAGGCAAAAUUCUAAGCUUAUUUUUUGGUUCAAUGACAACUCCUGCAGCCUGGAAUUCCCCUCUGAGGACUGGUGAAAAAUACCCACUCAUCAUUUUUUCUCAUGGUCUUGGAGCAUUCAGGACAAUUUAUUCUGCGAUUGGCACUGACCUGGCAUCUUACGGGUUUAUAGUUGCUGCUGUAGAACACAGAGAUGGAUCUGCAUCUGCGACUUACUUUUUCAAGGACCAAUCUGCUGCAGAAAUAAGGAACAAGACUUGGCUCUAUCUGAGAACCCUCGGAAAAGGGGAGGAGGAGUUUCCACUACGCAACGAGCAGGUACGGCAAAGAGCAGAGGAGUGUUCUCAAGCUCUCAGUAUGAUUCUGGACAUGGAUCGUGGGAAGUCAGUGAAGAAUGUAUUAGAUCUAGAGUUUGAUGUGGAACAGCUGAAGGACUCUAUCGAUAGGGAUAAAAUAGCAGUGAUGGGACAUUCUUUUGGUGGAGCCACAGUUCUUCAGACCCUGAGUGAAGACCAGAGAUUCAGGUGCGGUAUUGCCCUGGAUGCAUGGAUGUUUCCAGUAGGCGAUGAGGUCUAUUCCCGAAUUCCUCAGCCCCUCUUUUUUAUCAACUCGGAACAUUUCCAAUAUCCUUCUAACAUCCUCAGAAUGAAAAAAUGCUACUCACCGGGGAGAGAAAGAAAAAUGAUUACAAUCAGGGGUUCAGUUCAUCAGAAUUUUGUUGACUUCACUUUUGCAACCGGCAAAAUAAUGGGCUGCCUAUUCACACUGAAAGGAGAAAUAGAUUCAAAUGUAGCCCUUGGCCUUAGCAACAGAGCUUCCUUAGCAUUCUUACAAAAGUAUUUAGGACUUCAGAAAGAUUUCAAUCAAUGGGAUGCUUUAAUCGAAGGGAAAGAUGACAGUCUUAUUCCAGGGACCAACAUUAACACCACCGACCACCAUGCCACCUUGCAGAACUCUACAUGAAGAGAGAAACAGAAUUUAAAGAGCUUUUUAAAAAUCUUGUUGAAAAACUGUCUAAAAGUGUGUGUGUGUGAUUUUAAUGCAUUGUCUCAAAUAACUCAUAUUAAAAAAUGUAGGCUAUGCCACAGUAGUGAUUGAAGCUUGGAUUAUAAUUUUUUCCUUUAAAUGUAAAGACUGCUACAUAUAAAAUUUAUACCAGCCCCGAUUUCAAUUUAAUUUUACUAAAAUGAUCCUCUUUUUCCAGUGUCAAAAUCAACUGAUUUUACCUGACUUUGAUGGACUGGUAUAUUAAAAUACAGGCACAAUGCCACUGAAAAUCUGUUAA